AUGUCGACGGUGAAGCCCCGCCCCACCACCACCCGCGGCGGCCCCGCCCCCGCCGCCAACCGCGGCGCACCCGCACCCGCCCCCCCGCAGCCCGCGGCCGCCUCCGCCGCCCCCGCCACCGCGACGAAGCCCGCCGUGCAGCUGCGCAAGCCCGUCUUCACCACCAUCGAAAAGCUGCUGCCCCUCGUCUCUGCAGCGCCUCCGACGACCGCGCCCGGAGAUGUCGACGACGAAGCCCGCCCCACCGCCACCCACGGCGGCCCCGCCCCCGCCGCCAACCGCGGCGCACCCGCCACCCCCCCGCAGCCCGCGGCUGCCUCCGCCGCCCCGGCCGCCGCGACGAAGCCCGCCGUGCAGCUGCGCAAGCCCGUCUUCACCACCAUUGAAAAGCUGCUGCCCAGAGGACAAGGGCGUCAUGGCCAACCAAGGUGCAUGGUGCUCGCAAGCGACGAACGGAGGUUGUUUGACAUUGGCACGGAGGAGGAGGACGGGCACGGACGGAGGACAGAGCACCUCUCUUCUUCCAGGUUCUUCUCCUUAUCUUCACUUAAUGUUAGUGAGAAGCUUCAGGAGGAGCUCAAGCACGACCACCAAGAGGCACCACCGCAGCAACAGGUUGAGCACCCACCGCUGUUUGAUACUAUUUUGUUUAGGAUUCUGUUCCUCUAUGCGUGUAAUCUCUAG